AUGUUCGGAGUUUUGAGGAGGUCGGUGGGUCUCGGUAUGAUAAGCCGCAGCAUGGCGAGUACUCGACUUUAUUCUCUUUCACACAAUACAUGGAGCCAGCCUAUGGUGAUACCUACCGUGAUAUGUGCCUUGAACCCCCAGAUUCCUGCGCUUUCCGCUGUGCAAUGUUCACCAUCACAGGCUGACAAGGCUGACGAGAACGGCAUGUUGCUGGACAGCGUGAUGCGAAAGAGGAAGCUGAAGAUGAAGAAACACAAGCUGCGCAAGCGCAGAAAGGCGCAGAAGGCCGAGAAGAGAAAACAGUCGCAGGGCAACUGA